UACUAUGUCGACUACAAGUUCAACACAACCCUAAGUUAUGAUGCUGAUUAUCGGAUAAAUUUCAUGAGCUACCUUGGUUUUGCUGCCCAUUUCCCGAGCCUGUGCUUCUCGGCGUGGAAUACUUUCUAUCAAAGCGGCACAAGGCUGCGUGGGAAUUCACCAGACCUUGACCUUUGGGAUGGCUGCUGUAUUACCAAUGAAGUAUUCGAACGCAGUGGUUGUUGGAUCGCCGCCUCUCUCCUCUUUCCCUCCAUCUUGACAGUGCAGGGACGAACACGGAAAUCAAUCAUUGUCGCCGCGAUCGCCUACUUCCUAUCGGCUAUCGCAAUUGUGAUUACAUGUGUGAUCACAUUUUUCUGGCUGCGGCGUUUGGAUGAUCGGAAAGCGUCCGAUUUGGAAAUGUGCACAGCUGUGCACUCCGCUUCUUCGAUUUUGUGGAGAAUACUUGAUGUCAGUCUCGAAGCGGCCUUCAAAUCCAGCGACCUCAAUGAAGAAACCCAGCAAGCGAUACGUCAAACCGCUGUCCCAGCUAUCAUGCGAAACAAAACACACAACGCUUUAUCCACUAAAGAAAAAAGAGCAAUAAACAGCCUCAAAGCGGAUGAAACCAUCGUUAUUUUACCAGCUGACAAAGGGAGAAUGACAGUCAUUCUGGAGAAAGCUGAAUACAUUGACAAAGCUAAUGCUCUACUCAAUGACACAACCACAUACCGCCGUCUGCAGAACGACCAAACCGCGAAACUUACGAACAAGAUAAACAUAACCCUGAAGAAACUCAGGGAUUUUCACAAAAUUACAGAGGAAGAAUACUGGAGAAUGAAGGUUCGUGACUCAGAAGUUGCCCGAUUCUACGGACUUCCAAAGGUUCACAAAGAAACGGUACCAUUACGCCCAAUUGUCUCACUACCAGGAACACCCACGUACAACGUUUCAAGAGAAUUAUGGAAGCGGCUGAAAUAUCUAACCAUUGGGUCCCAAUAUUCGAUCAACAAUGCGGGACAGUUUCUGGAGAAACCCAAAAACGUGAGAAUCGAAGAAGACGAAAUAAUGGUGUCCUUUGAUCGCUUUGUGUUGCACUAUGCCAAUAGAUCCAAACAACUGUGCAUAGCUGUGUCUGCCGUGCCUUCCAUUGAAAAUAACGAUGGCGCUUCUUUGACAAAGCCUCCCAUUCGUAACGACUCACGUUCCAGUCCGGUCGAAUUGCGUGAUGAGUCUACCACAGCGCAACAUCUCCGACCUCUAUCUCCAACAAGCCCACUACCUCCAACGGAGCCGAACGUAGAGCGUUCAGAAAGAGACGCUCUGUUGCAAUUCAGCGGAUCUUCUAGUUCGGACGCAGUCAUGAAAAGUGGCGUCGAUACAUUGCGAAAUUGUUUUGGUUUGUGUUGUUUCCGAUCGCCUAUCGGGAGACGCCUCUGUCGUGAGUACUGGCUGCGCUACACCGUGUGCUUCUCCGAGUGCUGGCAUCAUUGUUUGAGCAUUUGGUCCGUAUUCUUCUGUUCACUUUCUGUCUUCCCGGCUAUUCAAUCUAUGGUCAAACCGGUGGAUCCUAAUUAUUUCAUUGCACGUGAGUACUCUCUUCAACAAGCUAUGUGGCCUGCACCACGAUAUCUCUGGAUACCCAUAUGGAUUCGCACACUCUUUUUCAUCCCAUUCUUUUUGUUUUGUAAUUUCGGUCUUUCCGAACCUAAACUACCCGUUCUGGUUGGAAAUGAUCACGUGUACGUCUUCGGGAUCAUUAUUUUCGCAUUCACCAACGGCUAUUUUUCGUCACUAACGAUGAUGUAUGCUCCAAAGAGCUGCCCACCGGAACGUGCGGAAGUAGCCGGAAUGUUGACAGCAUUUUUCCUCACGCUGGGGGUUUGUUCUGGCGUCUAUGCAUCUCGUGGAUUUGUAAGCCUUAUCAUGUAGAAUCUCCUUUACAGCAUGACAUCUUCAACUCUCCUUGCUUUAUUCUUAUUGCGCCGAAUCGAUACAUCCUCAUGGUUUUCCCCAAGGAAACAUACUUUAUACAACGGCUUUGUAAUAGUCUUUUCUCAAUCUUUGGUUUGUGAAGCAGUUUCUCAGUUUUUUCCUUCUACCUGGUUUGUACCCCAAAUUUUAUGCCUUAUUCUGUUUUUUUUAGGUUCUACUACUACACAUUCUA